UAGCGGUUCAGGCACCUCUCACAUAAUCAAAAUAACGUUACGAAGCGUCUACGAUACGGGAAAGAUUUCAAACAUCAUGCCUGUGGCAGCCACCAGCACAGAGCAUGCAGUGCCGCAGGUGCUGGACACACUGAGUGACAGCACCAGCUCCACCACUGCCAAUGACCUGGACCUCAUCUUCCUCAAGGGCAUCAUGGAGAGCCCAGUGAGUGCAGAGAGUCUGGAGGAGACACGACUGGAGGCCGUGAGGGACAAUAAUGUGGAGCUGGUGCAGGACAUCCUGAGAGAGCUGAGCCCCUUCACACACCACAGCAACACCGCCGCAGAGCUGUCACGCAUACUCAACCAGCCGAACUUCCAGUCUCUGUUGGAGACGCACGACUCUGUGGCCUCUCAGACAUGUGAAACUCCGCCCUCGAGCCCCUGUGCUUUCAUGGAGCCGCCCAUCAACAGUGUACCGGUGCCAGCUGAUGCCAUCCGCAUGGUGGGCAUCCGCAAAGUGGCUGGAGAGCAUUUGGGUGUGACGUUCCGCAUUGAGAACGGAGAGCUGGUGAUCGCCCGCAUUCUCCACGGGGGGAUGAUCGACCAGCAGGGUCUGCUCCACGUGGGUGACAUCAUCAAAGAGGUGAACGGGCGAGAGGUGGGUGACGACCCUCGUGUGCUGCAGGAGAUGCUGCAGGAGGCCAGCGGCGGUGUAGUGCUCAAAAUCCUUCCCAGCUACCAGGAGCCGCAUCCCCUCAGACAGAUUUUGAAUUAUUGGAAAUAUCAACUUCUGGAGGAGAAGAGGAAAGCUUUUGUGAAGAAAGAUGUUGUCCUUUCACCAGCAGCCAAUCUCUGCACUGGAAUGGUUGGCAAGAAGAAGAAGAAAAUGAUGUAUCUGACUACUAAAAAUGCAGAUUUUGACAGGCAUGAGUUACUGAUCUAUGAGGAGGUGGCAAAAGUCCCACCGUUUCGCAGGAAGAUGCUGGUUCUGAUUGGUGCACCUGGAGUGGGCCGACGAAGUCUGAAGAAUAAGUUGCUAGUGUCAGACCCUCAGCACUAUGGCACCACCGUCCCCUACACCUCUAGGAAGCCCAAAUCAGCAGACAGAGAGAACAUGAUGUAUGCCCUCACAUCCCGGAGUAAGAUGGAAGCUGAUAUUAAAGCUGGCCUCUAUCUUGAACAUGGUGAAUAUGACGGUAACCUCUACGGCACCAAGAAUGACUCCAUCCAUGAAGUAGUGGAGGCUGGACGUUUCUGUAUCCUGGACGUCAACCCACAGGCCCUAAAAGUCCUCAGGACAUCAGAGUUUUUGCCAUAUGUAGUGUUCAUCAAAGCCCCAGAGUUUGAGGUGCUGAAGGCCAUGAACAGAUCUGGGGUGGAGGCAGGAGUGACCAAACACCGAACAGACGCAGAGCUGAAUAGGACGGUGGAUGAGAGCGGCAAGAUUCAGAGAGUGUACGGACACUACUUCGACCUCACCAUAGUAAACGACGAUUUGGAACAAGCAUACAGGAACCUCAAAUCCUCCUUAGAGAAGUUAAAGGGAGCUCAGCAGUGGGUUCCGGUUGGGUGGGUGUUUUAGAGCUCAGUACAGCAACUAGUGGAUGAUUCAUGUGACACUUUAUACCAGUGUUAACUGGUUUAAAUCAUCAACCUCGUGCCAAGGGUGUACACUGAUCAGAGAGCUUAUAUGAGUGCGUGUGUGAGUGUGUGAAAUCAGCAUCUACCCUUUACAAAAACAGCAACAUACUGAUAAGGUUAUAGAUAA